AUGUCCAAAAUAAGGUUACAAGCUAUAAGAGAUAAUGGUUGGGAUUCUUUGUUGAAUGAUGUUUCAUUAUUUUGUGAGCAUAAUGUGGUUGAUCGACAACUUCAAGAGUUGAACAAUCGUUUUACAGAAGUGAAUACUGAGUUGCUCCUUUGUGUAGCUUGUUUAAGUCCAAGCGAUUCAUUUUCUGCAUUUGAUAACGAGAGUGAAUUUUCAGAAUUAGAGGAGAUUGGUGAUCUUUCUAUCAAGCUCGUAGAGACCAAAAAACAUGUUGUGUACCCAUUCGUAUAUUUGCUUUUAAAGUUAUCUCUGAUAUUACCUGUGGCAACUGCAACAACUGAAAGAGUUUUCUCUGCUAUGAACAUUAUCAAGAAUCAAAUACGAAAUCGCAUGAGUGAUGAUUGGUUAAAUGAUUGCUUAGUUACUUACAUUGAGAGAGAUAUUUUUGUUGAUGUUGAAAAUGAGAAAAUCAUUCAACAUUUUUCAGAACAUGAAAAAUCGUAG